AUGGAUGCCGGCCCAUUGACAGCAGUGGGAGAGGGUUCUCCAGAGGGGGAGACCGUGUGCGCGGCGUUGGCUCGAUACGAGGCCACGCUGCGCGAUGCCAUCCGGGAGAUCCACGUGGACGUCAGCGCCUUCAAGCUGGGCGUGGAGCGACGUCUGGAGGAAGCCCUGCACAUGAGUGGACCCCUGGGCCGGGCCGUGGCCCAGUUGCAGCAGGAGAACCGGCAGCUCCGUAGCCAGCUGGAGGCCCUCACGCGACAGGUGGAGCUGUUGACAGGCACCGUGUGUGACCGGAGCGCCCUGCUCACCAACGCGGGGAAACCACAGAACCACAGCGGCACACGGAGUCCUCAGACGCCCCCCUCUCCCAGCAGCCCCACCGCCCCAAGCGUGGGGGCGCUGACCGGCGCGGCCAGCGGAUCGGCGUCCAGUCCCACCACGGCCCGCUUCUCCAGCCGAGCAACCUUCGCAGUGUCCAGCAAGACAAGCAGUGUUGAGCGUGAGGAGCCUAUAGAAGUGGACCCAGCUCCAACACCCAUGGGACUUGAGAAUGGACAUCUAACUCAUUCUGUAAAUUCCACAGUGCCACUGAGAGAGACCUCACCACCAAGAGAUGCCAGUCGGGAGCACAACCCUGCCAUUUCCAUGGCAAUGCCACACCUGCCCAUCACCGCCACCACCAAAACAGCUGAAUCCCCCAUAGCCUCAAUCAUGAAGACUCCUGAGUCACCCAGUAGUCCAAUGCAGCCAAUGUCUCCAAUUGGCCCAGAACCAGCUCCAGUCAGCCACACAACCACAAGUGACAACCAGCCACAACUCAUGCCAGAGUCUCCUGUACAUGCAGUAUCUUCUGUGAAGACAUGGACUCCGAGUCCAGUCAGAACUAUGGGCUCUCCUCGACUCAACGAAAAGUCAUCAUCUGCACCAUCUAAAACAGUGACUUACUCAGGCCUUAUUCAGCACAACACAGACAGAAAUGUGGACAUGCCGGGGGAGAUGCCUUUCAGUAAGGGCAUCGAGCGCCGGCGGGAGCUGGUGAGGUCACAGACGCUACCUCGUAACAUUGGAGCCCAAGCGCGGCGUUCUAUCUUUGAAAGGCUGGAAUCAGAGAGUAACAGCCGACCCAAACCGGUGGACUCCAAGCCCAAACUGAAGCGGUCUCAGAGCUUUGGUGUUUCCAGCGCUAGCAGCAUAAAGCAAAUUCUCCUGGAGUGGUGUCGUUCUAAAACCAUUGGAUAUCAAAACAUCGACAUCCAAAACUUCUCUUCCAGUUGGAGUGACGGUAUGGCUUUCUGCGCUUUGGUUCACUCUUUUUUCCCCACUGAGUUCGACUACAACGCCCUCAGUCCAGCUGACCGCAAACACAACUUUGAGCUGGCCUUCGGAACUGCUGAGAAGACAGCUGGCUGUGACAGACUCAUUGAAGUGGAGGAUAUGAUGGUUAUGGGUCGAAAGCCUGACCCUAUGUGCGUUUUUACCUAUGUCCAGUCACUUUACAACCACCUGCGCAAGUUUGAGUGA